AUGAUCGAUUCAUCUCCAUCAAGAUGGGAGGUUUUCAAGGAACCUAGAGGAUUUAUAAGACUAAUUGAGAUGUUUCUAGCUAUUUCUGCAUUCGCAACAACAUGCGACUUUUCAACUAGUGUCGAGUUAAAACUUACCUGUGGAAAUCAAACUAAUUCAUGGAAAUCCAAAUUUACCUACCCAUUCAGCAUCGACUCAGUCAUUCUUCCUAGCUGCAAUAACUCUCCAAUCAAACAUAUGUAUGGGAAUUUCGCAUCAGCAGCACAGUUUUAUGUGUUUGUUGGUGUGCUUGCGAUGAUCUUAUGUGUUGGUAUCUGCAUCUUCUAUGUAUUUUUCCAUGAUAGUUAUCUCAGAGACUCACGUUUUAGUAAAUAUGAAUUCAUUUCGUCCGUUAUGCUUGUCCUAUUGUGGUUCGCCGCCUCUUGUGCAUGGGCUGAUAAAGUGCAGCAGUUUAAAGAGUACACAUCAGUAAACCGGAUCUGCAACGAAGUGGGUGUUUACACUGAAUGUCGUCCUGAAGAAAAUGCUACAUAUGGCGGGUUGAAUGCUUCUCUGAUAUUCGGAUUUACCAAUAUUGCUUUAUGGGCAGCUGGCUUAUGGUUUAUAUGGAAAGAAACUCCAUGGUCUGGAAAUAGUUCUUUACUUGGACCAGAGAAUAUAGCUGCUGCUGCCGAUGGAUCUCAAAUGUAG